GAAAUCUUCUUCAAUCCUUUCUGAGUGGUCUAGACGAUUCUGAUUCUGAUGAAGAUUCUGCAAGGCCUCCAGCCAGGGCUUCCACAUCACAUCAAAUGGAAACUGAUGAACAGGACUGAUACAAAAGCAAAGCAAUUUCUCUGUUUGUCCACUUUCAGGAUUUAUGCAGGAUAUACAUAUAUAUCAUCACUUUACGUUAGGUUUGCAAGGUCUGAAGCGAUAAUUUGAUGAUGUUGAAGGAAGUUGUGAAACAAGGCAUUUAUAGCUUCUGUGAACCUGGUAAAAAGGAUGUUAAUCUAUGAAUAAAUACACCACUCUUUGGACAAAAAUAGUGGCAUUUUUAAUGACUGGCUAUGCAUUAGUGCUGAGAAGUUGUGUAUGUAACUUUUAAUAUAGUGUUAUACAGUUCUUCAUUGGGAGACAUUGUAAUUUGCAAUUCUUUGGUUUCAAGACUUAUUAGUCAACCAUAGUGCAACUUCAGAUAAGUGUCAUGCUUUGUCUUGAAACUUUACUCUGCAGAUAUUACCUUAAGUUAAGUGUGUACUCAGGAUUAUCAAAAUCAGAAUCCCUUUGUAAUGCUUACUUGAUUAAGUACAUUGCCAGUGAUAUUUUAUGAUGAAAAAUAUUAUAUGGAAAAUGCUGAAUAUAAUUUUAAGGGGCAGUUAUUUAUUAAUAAAAAAGCAGCCCUUUGCUAAUAAUUUAAUCAUGUAUUAUACAAAAUCUAAAUUAGAGCAUUUUUGCAAUGACAUGUUUAAUAUGAAGCUUGUCACUCCUUUGUACUGCAUUUAUAAUUCUGAAUGGAAUUUUUUUUAUUGUUGUGAUGAUAUUUUUUUGUUAAUACAAAAGUUUAAUCUUAAUUGUUUACAUUCAGAAAAGAACACAACAUGCUUGAUUCUUUUGUUGACUUUGUACUUACUACAAAUCAAAAUGCAAUGAAAUUUUUACUGUAGUAGAAAUUUGUAAAUAGAUGUACACAAACAGGAGUAAAGCACAUUAAAAUACAAAAGUAAACUAGUAUUACAAUAUGCUCCUAUUUUAAAAUAAUUUUUACAUUUACGUAAAACAGAACUGGAUGUUGAUGCUCAUCAAUGAAAUUUUAUGAAAAGUAAACCACACUCAAUUCCAUUUGUAUACACUUUAUUUAGAUGUAAUUUUGAUGUUAAUAUCAAAAUGUUAUUGACUGUUAAUAAUCUUGUAAGGGUUUCCUGUGCUGGAUGCAAAUACUGCUGAGUUGCAUAGAAUUGAAUUUUUCUCUCUGAGAUAUGUGCAUGUUUCAAGCAAAGAAAUGAGGAUAACGAUAAAAAUUAGGAAUUUGUUUCUGAUUGCUGUAUGUUUAUACAGUUGUUUUGACUUGCUUUUAUAGAAACCUUUUGUACAAAUUCGUUUUAGGAUAUUUCAGAUCUUUAAAGCUAAUAUCCUUUUGUGACUAAUUUUUGUUAAGUCAAUCAUCUGGAAACAUUAUUUAAUAUUAUCAUAAGAUUCUUCGUUGAAGUUGACUGAGCAACUCAUUUAGUACAUGCACUGCAUUGAAAUGUCAUAAUGGGAAGUAUGAUAACUUAUCAAGAUAAGAUUGUGAUGAGACCAAAAUAGACCUGAACUUUCAAUCACCAAAUAAUCUGUACAUGUACAGUUGCAAUAUUAUACACAGUGAAAGGUAUUUCUGAGAUGGGCUGACUUUAUCUCAAUGUAAUGUGAAUUGGUUAAGUAAUGUUUGAGCAUUUGUGGAUCACAUGAGCAAAUUUGGUAGUAGGGGCCAUUUUAAAAAUAAGUUUGCAAAACUUAUCUUCUUUUAUCCCCCUCCUCUUUGUAACACUGCAAUUUCUCCAUGAGCUAAAGGUUCUAUUUCACUUCUUCCCCUUCUUGAGUUAAAUAAAAAAACUUUGUUUCAAUUUGUAGAAGUCUAUCAAUUCUCUCCUUUCCCCCUCUCUCUACCACUCAUUUUCAGCAGAGUUUCAGGAGCAUGUCUCAAAGCAAAUGUAUUUUUCCGAAUGGUCCCUUAUGGAGGUUGUUGCAACAAAGCUGUGAAAUUUUGCACUAAAUAUACUGACCGAGAUGCAGCAAAUAAUUUGGUAAAUAGGCACUUGUUUCAUAGGCAGUGUUUAAAUUUGAAAUUAAUCUUUUGUACAUUUGAGCUACGCUUCUUUGUGAUUAAAUCAUCUUUGUUGAUGUGUUUUUAUAAAAUUUCAAGUGCAGUUAUAAUUAUUGUUCGAGUAGUACAUGGUUUUCAUUUUGGGAUAAUUUUACAUACCUUAGGUUAAUGAUGUAUUAUUUCAUAGACAUUUAUUUAUUUCAUCUAGACAGAAAGGUCAGUGGUGUACCAAUUAUUUGAUUUGUGGUAAUGACUGCAGUGCCAUCUCAGAUUUAAGUGUUUACAUGUAUGAUGCCUAUCAGUAAAACACAUAUUUCUAGGAUUUGUUUAUGAACAUAAAUGUCAGAAGCCUGAAAGAUGCACAACUUUCUUGUGGCUUAAGCUGUGGUGAGAAGAAUUUGAUUUUUCCCAGUAAUGUUUGUGUACUAAAAUCUUGUAGAUAUCUGAAGCUAACUGUGAAGUUGUAUUAGUAUUGUGCUCCUGAACAGUUGGACUGUUAUUAAAUGGAUGAUUUAAUCUCAUGAGCAUCUUUUAUUUAUGUAUUUGAACUUUUUUUUUAAGCAUAAGCGUAAAGUACGUUGCUUGUGCCAUUUAGUGGCUUGCUGAGUUCAUUCUAAUUUUUCUCCUGUGAACAAUUCACAACAGAACCCGAGUAGAUUUGUUUUAUAAUGUAUUUUAGAAAGGAACUGAGGUUGUCAUGUAUUAACUAAUAUGUACUAGCUAGCUCCUCUAGCUAGCAUGUACAUACAUUUUCAAAUUCUAGAGGCCAAAGAAUCCAAAAGAUUGAAAUCAUUACACUUUAACAGAUGAAUUCAAACAUACAAAUAAAACAAAAAGUCUGAAGGGUAGGGUAUCUUUGCAGAUGGAAUAAAAUGUACUCUGAUAAAUGCUAAC